AGCUGGAAGCUGGACAACCGCAACAUCCUCUACACCAACCAGGACAUCUCGUACGAGUGUCCCACCAACACCAUGUGCCGGUGCGCCAGCCUACCCAAUCAGACGGCCCUGCUCGAGAUCAACUGCAACGAGGUGUCGCUGUACAAAUUUCCCGAGUUUCUCCACGGGACGAUAAAGCACAUCGACAUGUCACGCACCUUCAUCCACAACGUGGACGACGAGACGUUCCAGGGGCUGCGGCUCGAGUCGCUGAAGCUGGUGGACAACAAAAUACAGGAUAUUUCCGAAAAGAGCUUCAACUUCAUGCAGCACUCGCUGGUUUCGCUGGAUCUCUCAGACAAUCAACUGCAGGGCCUGCCGCUGGAUUCGCUGAAAAAUGUCCACAGCCUAAGCCGAUUAGUAGCCCAGAGGAACAACAUCCACCACCUGGACGGCAACUGGGGCGGGCUGGCGGACUCGCUGCGCAGUUUACACAUUUCCGGCAACUCCAUCUCGGAGGUCUCGUUUUACACGCACGACGAGAAGCGUCAGAACCACACGGCUCCGAACUCGCAGGCUUCGAUGAUAAACGCGAAACUCUUCUCGGCCGCCACCCAGCAAACGGGGACGGGUGCAUCGGGACAGCCGCCGCAGCAGCAGCAACAGCAGCAAGGCAGUAAGCCGUUCGCGAAGCUGAAAAAGCUCGUCUGGCUCGACAUCAGCUCGAACCGGAUCGCCCACAUCAGCCCGAACACGUUCCCCAGGUCACUGGUAACGAUCGAUCUGUCCAAGAACCUACUCACCCAGUUCCCGACCGCCUUCCUGGAGCACCUGCACGAUCUGCGCGUCCUGUCGCUGCGGGACAAUCUGAUUGCGAAGCUCGGCGGUGGCGGUGGGCCGGGCCCGGAACCGCCCGUCCCCGUGCGGAUCCGGCUGGAGAAGCUGGACCUGAGCCUGAACCAUGUCGAGGAGCUGCCGCCGCAACUGUUCAACGGCAGUGUGCGGAUAAAGGCAAUCAAUUUCGAUAAAAACUUCAUCCGCCACCUACCGGCCGACUCGUUCCAGGGCCUGAACAUCGUGCACAUGGUGCUGGCGUUCAAUUUCAUCGAGUCGGUCGAUGCGUUCGCCUUCGCGACGCUCGAGAACAGCCUCGAAUACCUGGACCUGGAGCGCAACCGGUUGACGGUGGUGCCGGCGGCCAUCGGCAGUCUGAAUCGGCUGCGCUACCUCUACCUGACGUCCAACGAGCUGAGCAGCGUUCCGGAUGGGCCGCACGGGUUACUUCCCGGCACGCUGAAGGUGCUGUCGUUGAGUGGCAACAAUUUCACCGCCAUUCCGGUGGACGGACUAAUUAAUUGCACCGAGCUGUCGUACCUGAACAUGGGCUACAACAAAAUCACCGACAUCGAGGAGGGCGCCUUCGGCGGGUGGGGCGCCAACCUGCAGACGUUGUUGCUGCGCAACAACAAAAUCACCAGCCUCGGGUACGGUGCGUUCGGUGGGCUCGAGACGAUCAAGGAAAUUAGCCUCAGCUUCAACGGCAUCCACCACGUGCACCCGAACGUGUUCGAUAACGUGUCCUCGACGCUCAAGAUCCUGGAACUGUCGUUCGGCAUCUACCGGCAGGAGUACCCGGGCGAGGCGCUCUCCGUGCUCACGGAGCUAAUGUGGCUCGGGCUGGACAACAACAACCUAAAGUCCCUGCCGGACGAUGCGCUGGCCAGCCUGGGGCAGCUGACGUACAUCAAUCUGGCGUUCAACCGAAUUGUGGCCAUCCCGCGCUCGCUGUUCCGCUCGGAAGUCCACCGAAAUCUGGUCGAGAUUGAUUUGUCGUUCAACCACCUGGAGGAGCUGCCGAGUCUCACGUUCGACAGUCUGGAGUUGAUUCAGAUCAUCAAUCUGUCGUCGAACAAAAUCCGGGCGGUCCAGAAGAAUGCGUUCCACGAUCUGCCGUACCUGACGUACGUGGACAUGUCCUGCAAUGGGCUGCAGAAUGUUAGCGAGGGUGCGUUCAGCUUUCUGCCCAGUCUGCUGAGUGUCGAUCUGAUGCACAACGAGCUGUCGGUGCUGUCACUGAAGGUGUUCCGCCAGGUCUCGAACGCCACCACCCCGAUGAGGCUGAACAUUAGCAGCAACGCGAUGGAGCUACUCGACGGGGACGUCAACUCGCUGCUGUACGUUUACUCCCUGGACGCUAGCCACAAUCAGCUACAGGAAACGGCCGCCUUCCGGGCGUUGGCCUUUUCGCUGCGUAUCCUGUAUCUCAACUGGAACAACCUAACGGCGCUGGGUAACCAUGCGUUCGGUGAUCUGCAGAUCCUGGAGGUGUUGAACUUGGCCCACAACAACAUCAGCUCGUUGCGACGUCGUAGCUUCGCGGGGCUCGCCAACCUGCAGGAGUUUGAUCUGAGCCACAACCGGAUCGAGAGUCUGCAGAUCGAGCAGUUUUCGCCGUUGAAAAAAUUGCGUCUCCUCAAGCUCAACAACAACCGGCUGCGUACGAUCCCGCGCGAUUCGUUCCUGAACACGCGCAUCGAGUAUCUGGACCUGUCCAACAAUCAGUUCACGACCUGGCAGGCGACCGCGUUCGCCGAUAUCGGGUUUACGCUGCGCUCGAUUCAGUUCGACAACAAUCUGCUCGAAUUUCUGGACCCGUACAUGUUCACGAGCACCCAGUUUCUGCUGGAACUCAGCCUGGCCGGCAAUCUGAUCAAGACCGUCACGGAAAACUCGUUCGCCAACCUCAACAAUCUGACCGUGCUCGAUCUUAGCUACAACCAGCUGAUGCCGGUCAACUUCCGGGAGUUGUUCGUGAACGUGCCACGGUUGCGUGUGCUGAGCCUGCGUGCGACCGGCAUCUACCGUCUGCCGACCCUGGCGUUGCCCCAGCUGGCAUCGCUCGAUGUCGGCGAGAACAACCUGCAGGAGAUCGAGUCGCAGGAGGAACUGUACCUGCUGCGCGAGCUGCGCAUCGAGGAGAACAAGAUUAGCAACAUCUCGAACUUGCUGCGCAACCUGCCGGCGUCGUUGCGUGUGCUGGACGUGUCGCGGAAUCCGAUCCGGAAGAUUUCGUUCCACGACUUUGCGCUCUCGCGCCGACUGGAGGAACUGUUCAUCGAGGACAUCAAAAUCGCCAACUCGGACGUGUUCAUCAAACUGCACAAUCUGAAGCGGCUCCGGAUCGGGGCGCAACACAACUUCAGUGAUCUCAUCUCGAAGUUGCGCGGUCUGCAGGAGCUGUACGUCACCGUGUACGAUGAGCAUCUGGGAGACGGGCUGUUUACGUCGCGGAUGCACUCGAACACCAAACUGAACGUGGUGGAAAUCACCGGCCGCCGGCUGGUGUCGAUUUCGAGCAACGCCUUCGAGGGACUCGCCCGGAAUCACGAGUUGAAGCUGCGGCUCCACAACACCCUGGUGAACGAUCUGCCUCCGGGGGUUUUCUACGCCCUCAAGUACAUCCCACGGUUGAGCAUCGAUCUGUCGGACAACCUGCUGGCGGCGCUCGCCCCGGACAGUUUCUACCCCAACACCAGCUCCUGGGAUGCGGUGGGGACGCGCAGCGUCAUCGGGGGCCUCGACGUGUCCAACAACCCGCUCCAGUGCGAGUGUGGCUUGGUGUGGCUCGGUCACUGGCUACGCCGAUGGCUUCGCGAGACGGCGCAAGUCAACCUUAUAUCGAAGGACGAGAUGAAACAAAUGAUCCGGCGAGCAAAGAAGAGCACCUGCACGGAUCCACUGACCGGGCGGCGGUUACCGUUCCUGGAGAUCUUCCCCGAGGACCUGCUGUGCCACGCGAGCGCGCUGAGCAGUUUAGCGCUGAAGCUACGCUUUCGGUUUAUGCUAAUCUGCCUCAACAUGCUGCUAAUAGUGCUGCACAAAUCGCGGACACUGAUACUGUAA